AUGAGGCUCAUCAUUACCAUAUUGAUGUUCCUAUCAUUGCAAAGAGCCAACAUUUUGACUGUGGAUGCUGCGUUGCAUGCAGCAGGAAAUGAAAAGCAGUUCAAGAAAAUCUCAGGAGAGGAUGAGAAUGAAAACAAGGAAACUCCUAGACUUGAAGACUUCACAACUUUGUUUGGACUCAAGUCAUUCAACAGGUUUCACAGAAGAAGGUCAUGCUAUAAUGUUUUUGACUCUGACUUUGUGUCCCUCUCAGCUUCUGUGUCACCCAAAACCGAAGCUGAGGCUCCGAAUUCGGAUCUGCACGUGCACCCUCGUUCCUAUCACUCACAAAGGAACAUGCCACUUCACAAGAUUCAACAAGAAGAUGGAGGUAGCGCAAAUAGAACAACACUAGUGGCUGUUGUAGUAUCUGGUGGAGUUGCUACGUUAAUCUGUGCACUUGGCUGUGUCUGUGUUUGCAAGAAAUUUAGAAAUCAGAGACGGAAAUCCAAUAGGACAAUUCCACUUUUUAGCAAGAUCGGAAGAACAGGAGGUACGUACCGAAAUUCAGACCCUGAUUUGCUUUACAUCACUAGUUUGAAACAAACUUGUGAGACACAAAAAAGUACCUCAAGCCAUAGUUCCCUAAAGCGUGCAAUUUAUGAGACGGAAGUGUUGAAUCAAGAAGCAUACAACAAUGCUAGCACGGGAAGUUCUUCCAUCAAGGAAAUUCUCUCUGUUCACGAGGAAUUGGAAUAUGAUGGUGGCAAAGCUUCCUCUGGAGAAAAAACUGUCCCUGGAGAAUCUCAUUCAUCAUCAGAUUACGAAAGUUUUCAUUCAUGUAUUGAUUCACAUUCAUCAAUAAGUGAAACAGAACGGUUAUCUCUCUCUCCUAGAAAUUUAAUUUCUGAAACAACUCAAUUUCCUUGUUCUUCUCAUAAUUCAACUCCAAAGGUAGAAUCUAACCAAUCACCAUCCAUUCCAAAACAUGAAGAACAAAAGAAGAGCGGAAUUUCUCAACCUAGCAUUCCUCCCCCACCAUGUCCACCUCCUUUUAUGAAAGAAAACAUUAACAGUAUGAUAAAAAACCCAACUUCUAAACAACUGCCAAAACUCAAACCACUUCACUGGGACAAGGUAAGAGCCACGCCGGAUCGAACAAUGGUAUGGGACACGCUACGAACAAAUUCCUUUGAGUGA